CCCCGCUCCCUCCUUAUCAGCAAUUCAGAUUGCAUGCAAAUCUGCGCGCUUUCUUCCAGGGCCACGGCAGCCAGAGCCGAGCGCUCCUCGGCGCCUUCCAGAUCUCCUCCUCCUCCUCCUCCUCCUCCUGGGAUUUUCCUCCUUCUCCCCUCCCCUCGCUGCCUCCCUCCCUUUCCCUCCCUCCCUUUCCCUCCCUCCUCUCUUUCUUUCCUCCUUUUCACCUCCUGGAACAAAAGUGGCCCUUUCGGCUGCGCCAGCGCUGCCUGCGAGCGGGGCCGCUUUGUCUGCCGGGCUCCCCGGCACCGCCACCGGGCCGCCACCGCCACCGCCACCAUGGGGACACGGCGGGUGGCCGGUGGCCGGGCGCUGCCGGCGCUGAUGGCGGUGGCACUGCUGGCACUGGCACGGGCCAGCUGCCCCGAGCGGGAGCUGGAGCGCCGGGAGGAGGAGGCCAACGUGGUGCUCACGGGCACGGUGGAGGAGAUCAUGAACGUGGACCCGGUGCACCACACCUACUCGUGCAAGGUGCGGGUCUGGCGCUACCUGAAGGGCAAGGACAUCGUCACCCACGAGAUCCUGCUGGACGGGGGCAACAAGGUGGUGAUCGGGGGCUUCGGGGACCCUCUGAUCUGUGACAACCAGGUGGCCACGGGGGACACGCGCAUCUUCUUCGUCAACCCCGCGCCGCAGGCGCUGUGGCCGGCGCACCGCAACGAGCUCAUGCUCAACUCCAGCCUGAUGCGCAUCACCCUGCGCAACCUGGAGGAGGUGGAGCACUGCGUGGAAGAACAUAGGAAGCUUCUGGCCGACAAACCCAACAGUUACUUCACGCAGACGCCGCCGCCGCCGCGGGAUGGGUGCCAGGGGAUGCUCUGUGGCUUUGGGGCCGUGUGCGAGCGCAGCCCCUCGGAGCCGGGCCAGGCCUCGUGCGUGUGCAGGAAGGGUCCCUGUGCCCCCGUGGUGGCCCCGGUGUGCGGCUCCGACCACUCCACCUACAGCAACGAGUGCGAGCUGGACAGGGCCCAGUGCAACCAGCAGAGGAGGAUCAAGGUGGUCAGCAAGGGACCCUGCGGCUCCAAGGACCCCUGUGCAGAGGUGACGUGCAGCUUCGGCAGCACCUGUGUCCCCUCCCCUGACGGCCAGGGUGCCAAGUGCGUGUGUCCCUCGUCGUGCAGCGGCGUGGCCGAGAGCCCCGUGUGCGGCAGCGACGGCCGCGACUACCGCAGCCAGUGCCACCUCAACAAGCACGCCUGUGACAAGCAGGAGAACGUCUUCAAGAAGUUCGAUGGCCCCUGUGACCCGUGCCAGGCCGUGCCGAGCGAGCCGGGCCGCGUGUGCCGGGUGAACCCGCGGACGCGGCGGGCGGAGCUGCUGCCCCGGCCCGAGGGCUGUCCCCCGGGCAGGGACCCCGUGUGCGGCGACGACGGCGUCACCUACGAGAGCGAGUGCGCCAUGGCCCGCUCGGGGGCCAUCCGCGGCAUGGAGAUCCAGAAGGUGCGCUCGGGGCAGUGCCAGCCGCAGGACCAGUGCCAGGAGCCGUGCCAGCUGGGCGCCGUGUGCCUGAACCGGCGCGGGGCCGCGCGCUGCUCCUGCGAGCGCAUCGCCUGCGACGGCGCCUUCCGGCCCCUGUGCGCCCGCGACGGCCGCACCUACGGCAGCGACUGCCAGCGCCGCCGCGCCGAGUGCCUGCAGCAGCAGCACAUCCCCGCCCGCCACAGCGGGCCCUGCGACCUGGGUGCUCCCAGCCCCUGCCUGAGCGUGGAGUGCUCCUUCGGGGCCACGUGCGUGGUGAAGAACCAGGAGGCCGUGUGCGAGUGCCAGCAGCAGUGCCAGGGCCGCUACGACCCCGUGUGUGGCACCGACCAGCGCAGCUACGGCAGCCCCUGCGAGCUGCACGCCAUGGCCUGCCUGCUGCAGAGGGACAUUGGCAUCAGGCACAGGGGACCCUGCGAGCGCUGCGGGAAGUGCCAGUUUGGUGCCAUCUGCGAGGCGGAGUCGGGGCGCUGCGUGUGCCCCACCGAGUGCGUGCCCUCGGCGCAGCCCGUCUGCGGCACCGACGGCAACACCUACGGCAGCGAGUGUGAGCUGCACGUGCGGGCCUGCACCCAGCAGAAGGACAUCCUGGUGGCCGCCCAGGGCCCCUGCAAGUCGUGUGGCAGCUCCGUGUGCUCCUUUGGGAGCCGCUGUGUGGCUGGGCAGUGCCUGUGCCCGCAGUGCCAGCGCCAACCCCCGGCCCCCGUCUGCGGCACCGACGGCGUCACCUACGACAGCCCCUGCCAGCUGCAGGUGGCCUCGUGCCAGCUGCAGAAGAGCAUCGAGGUGGCCAAGAUGGGACCCUGUGAGGACGAGUGUGGCUCGGGGGGCUCUGGCUCUGGGGAUGGCCGCGAGUGCGAGCAGGAGCGCUGCCGCCACUUCGGGGGAUGGUGGGAUGAGGACGCCGAGGACGAGCCCUGCGUCUGUGACUUCACCUGCACGGCCGUGCCCCGCAGCCCGGUGUGUGGCUCCGACGGUGUCACCUACAGCAGCGAGUGCCAGCUGAAGAAGACGCGGUGCGAGAAACGCCAGGAGCUCUUUGUCACCAGCCAGGGAGCCUGCCGGGCCCUGGCCACCACCCCGCCACCCCUGCUGGUCCUGCACUGCAGCCAGAGCGUCUACGGCUGCUGCCCCGACAACGUCACCCUGGCGCUGGGCGUGGGAGCUGCUGGAUGUCCCAGCACGUGCCAGUGCAACCCCUACGGCUCCUACGGUGGCUCCUGUGACCCGGGCACGGGCCAGUGCUCCUGCAAGCCCGGCGUGGGCGGCCUCAAGUGCGACCGCUGCGAGCCCGGCUUCUGGGACUUCCGCGGCAUCGUCACCGACGGCCGCAGCGGCUGCACGCCGUGCCACUGUGACCCCGUGGGCUCGGUGCGGGAUGACUGCGAGCAGAUGUCGGGGCUGUGCUCCUGCAGGACGGGCAUCACGGGCAUGAAGUGCACCCAGUGCCCCGACGGCAGCAGCCUGGGCACCGCGGGCUGCCACAAGGUCCUGCUGGGACAGCUCAGUGUCCUGCUGGACGCCCAGUGUCCGCUUGGGACCGCUCAGUGUCCUGCUGGACAGUCCCCGUGUCCCCUGGGACACGCCCAUGUCCUGCUGGACAGCCCCGUGUCUCCCGGUGACAGCCCCGUGGGUGGGAAGGACCAUCAGAGGAUCCCAGCCUGGUGUGGGUUGGAGGAACCUUCAGGCUGGCCCUGUGCCAUGGGCAGGGACACCUUCCACCAUCCCAGCCCGGCCUGGGACGCUGCCAGGGAUGGGAAUUCCCAUUUUUCUGGGAAGUCCCUGCCAGGCCCUGAGCAGCUCCUGGCUGAGCCCCUCCUGCCCCCGCAGAUCUCGGUGGGCGGCGUGCCCGUGCUGAAGGAGCAGAACAUCCGCAGUGCCAGGGAGGUCACCCCGUUCCGGGGGCACCCCUGCACCCAGAAACCCAACCCGUGCCAGCACGGUGGCACCUGCAGCCCCAGCCUGGGCAGCUACCAGUGCUCCUGCCACAGGGGCUUCUCGGGGGCACACUGCGAGAAGGUGAUCAUCGAGAAGGCAGCAGGGGACACCGAGGCCGUGGCCUUCGAUGGCCGCACGUACCUGGAGUUCCACAGCGGUGUCACCAAGAGCCACCUGAGCAAUGAGAUCCCAGCUCCCGAGGCGCUGGAUUUCCCCUCGGAGCCCAGUGAGAAGGCCCUGCAGUCCAACCACUUUGAGCUGAGCAUCAAGACGGAGGCGACGCAGGGGCUGCUGCUGUGGAGCGGGAAGGGGCUGGACCGGUCGGAUUACAUCGCCCUGGCCAUCGUGGACGGCUUCGUGCAGCUCAGCUACGACCUGGGCUCCAAGGCCGUCACCCUGCGCUCCAGCGUGCCCGUCAACACCAACCAGUGGGUGCACAUCCGCGCCUCCAGGGUGCAGAGGGAAGGCUCCCUGCAGGUUGGGAACGAGGCCCCCAUCGCCGGCUCCUCCCCGCUCGGGGCCACGCAGCUGGACACGGAUGGGGCGCUGUGGCUGGGGGGUCUGGACAAGCUGAGCGUGCCCCAGCGCCUGCCCAAGGCUUUCAGCACGGGUUUCGUGGGCUGCAUGCGGGACGUGCUCGUGGACCGGCGGGAGCUGCACCUGCUGGAGGACGCUCUGAACCAGCCCCGGAUAUUGCACUGCUCGGCCCAGUAGAGCCCAGGGACCUCCCUCCCUCCCGCCUCCCCUCCCUCCCUCCUGCCUAUUGCUGUAAUUAUUUUCUAUUUUUGUAAACUUAUUGCUUUUUAUAUUUUUGGGGGGGUCAGGGAGGGCAGGAAACCCUUUUGGCUGUCGGGCUCUGGGGGCGCGAGGCUCGGCCCGGGCAGCGGAGCAGAGCUCGAGGGGGGACACCAGAACUCUCCCACUGCAGCAUCCAUCUUCUUCAUACUUGAAGCUUCUUCUGUUCUGGGGUUGUUUUCCCCCCUUUUUUUUCCUGGUGUUUUUUGGGGGCUUUGUUCCCAAAAACAACCCCGUUUUCCUGUGGGGGAAACGCUGCUGGUGCUGGCGAGGCCUUGACGGAUCCACGGGGUGGGAAUUCCCACCCUGCUCCGGGCUCUGGCUCUUCCAAACCUUCACCUGAUUCCUGCUGCCCCCCGUUCCUCUCACUGUAAUUUAUGUGUCUAAGGAUCUCAAGUGCUUUUCUCCUCCGAGCUCUGCUCAGAUCAGGGAUGCCACGCACUGGAAGGGAGAGAGCCCGGCCCCAGCUUCGCUCUGCGCUCGCCUCGGGACUCUUUGCUGGACUCAGAGACAAAAAUGUGGAUUUUUCCAGCGGUUCUCCUCCUCCUCUCCCUCUUGGACACGUGCAGGAGCAGCUGUGAAACCUCACUGCCACAUUUUGUGUCGAUCCAGACGCGUCCUGAGCCCUCCCCGGCCUCCCUCGUGCUGGGGUCACCUGGAGCUCCUCCCCAGGAGCUGGGAAUUCUCUCCCUCUUCCAGGAGGACCAGGAGAUUCCCUUGUCCCCCCUCAGAGAUCUCCUGGCCGUGUCCUUCCACGCCCCCACAGCCUUCUCCAGCCUCUGGCUCCCAGCCUGGCAAGGCAGAGCUGCCCCUGGAGCCUCUCCCACCAGGAAAAUUUGGAAUUUUUCACCUUGGACUUGGAGUUUUUGGGUCUUCCACAUUCUCUGGAUGCUGCCAGCCCUGCAGGAACGGCUCCAACAGGAGCAGGAGCGGGGCUGGGGAGUCCUUGGGGGGGAAUUUGAAGCAUUUUCUUCCAGGAAAGGGAAAACUUUGGGGCCAGUUGUGAAGUUUCUGGGGUGUGGCUGCAGCUCGGGGUCUCCUGGAGGUGGAGAUGGAUCCCAGCUCUGGAAGAAAUCCCAUCUUCCUUUGGGAUUCCUUCUCCAUGGAAGGAUUUCCUGCUGGUUUGUGGCCUCUCUGUCCCUUUCCCACCCUCAGCUGGGAUUUCUCUGUGGAAAAACAACUUUGGGGAUUCAUCUGCAGGGUCUGGGGGGGGGUUCCUGCCCGAGGUGCCAAAAUUUGGCUUUUUUUUCCCUAAAUUUCUACCCCACCUUGCAGGGCACCCUUUGAAAUGGGGGUUUUGGCACCAACUUUUGAGCCAGGAAAGGUCAAAUUUCUUCUCUCAGGGUGAGCUCUGAACAAAGGUGGAACCAAGAGGGAAAACCAAUGGAAAAACCACUUGGAUCUGCUUUGAUUUCAUUUAUUUGAUUUAAAAAAAAAAAAUAAAUAAAUAAAUGUUGCCAACCUGUGACAUUGCUGUGGGAAAUGCAGGGUCAGACCUUCCCUGGGGGCUGUGCCCUGCCUGGGAUGAGGGCUCUGCUGUGCCUGGGGGUUCUGUGCGUGCCAAAAUUCCCAUUUUUUUGGGGGCUGCUGGGUCCAGACUGGGAUUCCUGGUGGGAAAUGCUGGGGUGGGAUGGGAGGGAGGGGGCUGGGAGUGCCCCAGUCCUUGUUUUGGGAAUGGCAUUCCCAGCUGGGCCGGUGUUCCAGCUCCAGGGGGAUGGGGAAGCUGCUGAUUUUCAGGAAUGAAGUCAAGAAAGAGCAAAAAAAAAAAAAAAAACCCCAAGAAUUGAACAAAAAUAAAUAUAAAACCCCAUUCUGCUUUUGCUGGGGCUUGGAAAUGCCUUAAACCAGGAUUUGUGUCCUCGUGGGGGAGCAUUUGGAAUUUCCAGCAGCACAUUCACCUGGGCUUUGUUUUUAACAACAUUUCUACCACAGAACAUGCAAAAAAACAAAAAAAAAAACCCAAAAAAAAACCAAAAAAAAAAAAAAAAAAAAAACCAAAAAAAAAAAAAAAAAAAAAAACAACAAAAAAAAGAGACAUUGAGGUUGGGUUUUUUUCUGGAUUUGAUUAUUUUUGGUUUUUUUUUUAAUUUAAACCCCUGAGGUGUCCAUGGAGAGGGUGAAUGCCUGGCUUGGGGAGCUGCUGGCUGAGCCCUGGCAGGGGAGGAGCAGCAUGAUGUAACCAUUACUAACUCGUGUCUUUCGUCCAAUCACCCCGAAAUAAAGUUUGGAAACGAUUCAA